GCGUUCUUCAACAUCACAGAAGCAGCCAUGAUCCAGCCCUCUCACUCGCUCGUAAAAUACGACAAUCCCGUCCUCAUUUCCCGAACGGAUGCUUCCACCAAGUCACCUCUCAAAGGCACUGUCCUUGACAAAAAGAUCGGUGCACCUCUUCCACCAGGAAAGAAGCAGCUUCCCCCUGUGGAUGACAAGGGACGUCCCAAGACUCCCAGUCAGACCGAGGACAUCUUAAAUUCAAUCUUGCCUCCUAGAGAAUGGGAAGAGACUGGGCAAUUAUGGGUUCAGAAAGUUUCCAGUACGCCGGCUACGAGGUUAGAUGUCAUUAACUUGCAGGAGCAACUAGACCACAUGCUUCAGAAGCGGCAAGCUCGCGAGACCGGGAUUGACCCCGUCCGGAGGGAACUCUACAGUCAAUGCUUUGACGAACUUAUUCGCCAGGUCACAAUUUCGUGCCAAGAACGCGGUCUUCUCCUCCUCCGCGUCCGCGAUGAAAUCCGCAUGUCUAUCGCUGCUUACCAAACUUUAUACGAAAGCUCCGUUGCUUUUGGUAUGCGCAAGGCUUUGCAGGCUGAACAGGGCAAGGCAGAUAUGGAAAACAGGAUCAAGGAACUCGAAGAAGAAAAGCGACAAUUGGAACAAAGUGUCUUGGAACUCAAAGCCAAAUGUGAAGCCAUCGAAAAGCGGGAGAGCGAGCGGAGAGCCAUGGAGGAGCGUAAGCAUGCCGAGGAGAUUGCAUUUUUGAAAAAGACAAAUGUGCAGUUGAAGACUCAACUGGAGGGAAUCCUCAGUCCCCAAAAGAAGUAAUUCGCCCAGCUGGUCGGCGCCAGAAAACACUGAUUUCCGAUAGUAAUGCGUUUUUGCUUGUAUUUAUAGUAGUCUUCCUUUUUUGACAAAACACAACGUGCAAAAUAAUAACAAAAAAUGCAAAAGAUCU